AUGUUAAGUCAGUUUGUUAUUUUUAAGCCAAGUGGUUUAGUUUUAUUUAAUUAUCAGCCCGGUAAGAACUUUUCAGCCGUCAUAGAUUCCUUUAUUGAAGAUGUUGUAAUUUCUAAGAGAAAAUUUGUCGCAGCAGAGGGUACUACAAGCGAGAUUAAGGAGGGUGAAGAGGUUAAGGCUGAGGAAAAAGAGCUACUCCUUCUAAAGGAAGGUGGAGAGAAUGAUGAUAAUAAUGUGUACGGUUCAUAUUCUUACGGUAACUAUAGUGUGAAGUACCUUAUACGGACAGAGGACAAGCAAAGAGUCUUUUUUACAAUGGUUUAUCCAAGUCUUGUCAUGGUCAAGGGGCCAUAUGAGUUUUUAAAAAAUAUUCGGAUUUUAUGGGAGAAUACUGAAGAUAUCUCUAAGUUUGAGCAGUUUUUUAAAUUACGUGUACUGAAUAUUCAGGAGUCACGUAUUGUGUCUGAUUCUGAUGGCUUGGAGGAAAAUAACGAAGAUCACAAGCCAAAAGCCGGUGACAAAGAAAAGGUUGGCAAGAAGCAAAAGAAAGGAAAGGGAAAGGGAAUGAAAAAAUCUAGAAAGUGGAAUGAUGAUGGAACGUAUCGUGAUUAUGCGGAUGAAGAUAACUCUAAUAAGAAAGAUUUGGAUUACUCUCAAGGAAAGCAAUCAAAGAGCACUAGCGCAAAUUUGGAUCAGCUCAUUGGGGACAAAAAGAACUUUGGAAGUAGAACGAGUACUGGUGAGUUCUUGGUUAAGGACUUAUCAGAUGAAAUGAACGAGAUUCUUGAAAGUAACGAGGCUGAUAAUAAGAAGGCAAUAUCGUCUUCAACUGCAUCAUCACAUGCAUUUGGUUUCCUUAAGAAUAUCAUUGGAGGUAAGAAAAUAAAGAAAGAGGAUAUCGAGAAGGUUAAAACGGCACUUUCGAGACAUUUGAUAAAAAAGAAUGUUGCCCCUAACGUGGCAAAUUCGUUGAUUGCUGAAAUAGAGAAGGAACUUGUGGGUUCCAAGACAGAAAGUUUUACUAGUGUUGAAGUCACCGCAAAGAAGUGUUUGGAGAAACAGCUUAUUAAGUUAUUGACGCCAAAUUCUUCUAUUGAUCUACUUAAUGAAAUUGAAAGGAAAAGAUCAAAGACGGAUAAUCCUUACGUUAUCUCAGUUGUUGGUGUUAACGGUGUGGGAAAAUCGACAAAUUUGUCAAAACUAGCAUAUUGGUUUCUUCAAAACAAAUAUCGUGUCUUGAUAACAGCGUGUGAUACCUUUAGAUCCGGAGCUGUUGAACAGCUUCGCACGCACGUCAAUAAUUUGUCCAAACUCUCACCUGACCAUGAUCAAAUUGAGCUUUUUGAAGGUGGUUAUGGAGGUUCUAAUUUAGUUGCUAAAAUCGCGACUGGUGCAAUAAAGUAUGCCAAAGAAAAUGGCUUCGAUAUUGUUUUGUUAGACACUGCCGGAAGGAGGCAUAAUGAUGCGCAUUUGAUGACUCCACUCGCCUCUUUCGCUAGAGCUGCAAAUCCCGAUAAAAUUAUUAUGGUUGGUGAAGCCUUAGUUGGUACUGAUUCGGUUAUGCAAGCUAAAAAUUUUGACAAGGCAUUUGGAGCAAAUCGACAUCUUGACUUCUUCAUUAUUUCCAAAUGUGAUACCGUUGGUGACAUGAUUGGAUCCAUGGUUAAUAUGGUGUUUGCCACUGGUAUUCCAAUUUUGUUCGUUGGUACAGGUCAAACAUACACCGAUCUACGAACCUUAAGUGUUGAAUGGGCUGUUAACAAGUUAAUGUCUUAG